AUGCUUUAUGCGGCACCAGUCUGGGGACAUGCACUGGCCUUUAGGACGGUGUCCGACCAGACCGCGCUUGUCCUAGCCGGGACUCCGCCACUGGAUCUGCUCGCAGCAGAGAGGGCCAGUAUCCACGGCCAGACGAUUGGUAGAACGCUGACACCUCGUGACAAGCAGGUGCUACGCUUAGCGGCGAAAGACGCCACCUUGGCAGCGUCCAAGGGAAGAUGGACGUAUCGGAUGAUUCCCCAGUUGGAUUGCUGGCUGAAGAGGAAGCACGGUCAGAUAAACUUCCACCUGACCCAGAUCCUCAGCGGCCACGGCUGCUUUCGGAGCUACCUGCGGAGAUUCGGCCACGAGGAAGACGACUCCUGCACGCACUUCCAAGGACAACUGGAGGAGUCGGCAGAACACACGGUGUUUAACUGUGCGAGGUUUGCCGGUGAGCGAGCAUCGCUGGAGGCCAGGCUGGGCAAUACCAUCACAGCGGAAAACCUAGUUCCGCUGAUGUUGUUGUCCGAAGCGAACUGGCAGGCCGUGUCGGACUUCGCAGCGAAGGCUAUGACGGAGCUCCGAGCAGAGGCGCGACGCAGGAAUCAGGAGGCAACAUAG